GGAGCGGACGCAGCUGGAGCUGCUCCCUGGGGGUGCUACUGGCAGGUGGGCGGCGGCGAGGACCUCUGAGGGCUAGGCUUCUGCCUUCAGAAGGGAAGGCUGUGAUUGCUUUUGUAGAGCGGGCUGUGCUAGCAGCUCAUUUGCUCCCUCUGCCCUGGAGCGGGUAAGGCCCCACUCUGCCCUCACAGCCUCCUGCGUCCAGAGAAGGUAGAGUCCUUGCGAGGCGUCGGGCAGGUGAACCUUGGCUUUGAGGCUGGUGGAGAAAGGGCUGGCCACCUCCAGGCAGACCACCUCUGUAGUCUGGAGCUAGGAGUGUGGCCUCAGUGCAAGCACCACUUCACAUGUUUCAAUUUUGUUUGUUGUGCAGUGUUUGUUCAUUGCUGCUGGAGGAAGAUGGUGGACUGACCCAGGAAACUGAAGUUGUUGACUAUCGAUGAGUCACGGAGAAGGGCAGUUAACGUUUAUUGAGAAUCACACACUUUGAUCAUGGAGUGACUAGUGUUGAUUAGCAAAAUGAGGUAGCCAUUAGGUGUUUGGAACACCUGCCUAGCCAGUUGCCCAGGGGCUGUGCAUGGACUUGUGAAUUAUUUGGACAAUUGUCCCGUUGAAAAAGAACUAAUAGGAGCUUUAAAACAAUUUUACAAAGCUUGUUCUAAGAUUGUCAUUAGUGCUUAAUUUUCAGACUAUUACUGAUUCUUUUUUUUUUUAAUCAAGUCCUGGAAAAGGCCAAGGUAUCUGAAUGAAAUAGUAGCCACAAUAGAAAACUUCUGAGAUGCUACCCCUGGGGUACGUUUUCUUCAUUUUAUUGUGGUAUAAAUGAAACAGCAGUGAAACAGCAAGUGUUCUCAGGUAUAAGAUUUGUAGUUUGCCAAUAUAUUCAUUACCAGAGUUUUAGAUUCCCAUGAAGUUAGUGGGAAUUUUGUUAGUUUUUUUCUCAGCAAAAUAAUUCCAUUUAAAAAUUUUGUAACAAGAAAUAGACUCUCAGUUUAUUUAAAAUUAGUGCUUCUUGAAUGAUAGAAAUCAUUUUUGCCAUGUUAGAAGAUACUCUUUUGGAAGAAGACAUUUGGGAAUACAAAUCCAAAAGAAAACUAAAACCAGUACAUCCACAUAAUUGCUCUGAGAAUAUUCCAAAAUCUGUUGAAAAAGCAACAAAUGGAAAAAAACAGUCAAAACGAAACAGAAAUAAAAAAAUUGUGGAAGCUAAAGAGAAGGCGAAGGACCCUGAAAUGUGCCUGGGAGCAACAGAUAGUCAGACUUCUGUAGCAUCUAGUCAGAGUAGUUGUGGAGAUGGUACCCAGCAGUCCCAAGGCAAGGAGACGACUCCAAGAAAGCACAGUAGGACUCACAAAAACAAACAAGUGUCUCCAAAGAUACGUCCAGUUUAUGAUGGAUACUGUCCAAACUGCCAGAUGCCUUUUUCCUCGCUGCUAGGUCAAACACCUCGUUGGCAUGUUUUUGAGUGUUUGGAUUCUCCACCAGUCUCUGAAACAGAGUGUCCUGAUGGUCGUCUGUGUAACUCCACAAUUCCUUCUCAUUACAAGAGAUAUACUCACCACCUGCUGGCUCAAAGCAGGGCUAGUAAUAGUCCUGUUAGCAGUCUAACACAUGGGUUAGCUGGUAGUGUCACUGAGACUAAUUCAGGCUUUCCUUGUAGCCUUGAGGAAGGAUGGUCUCCAAAUCAGAAACAAACUGAGAAUUUAAAAAAUGUUUCAACUGAUCACUUGCUGGUGACACAGUGUCUAAGAAAAUCUCAGUCUCCAGCUGAAACCAAUAAAAAGAUUUCCUCUUCCACAAAUAUACAAACGUCCCAACAGGCUCCACAAUUUGCUCGAUGUGUUAAUAAUGACAAACUGGUAGUUGGUUUGCCUCUUGCUGAAGAGUUAGACAGCCAAAACAACUCAGAACACGUAAAUUUACCAUUGCCAAAAAAUGACUCUAGUGACUGUGAAAUCUCCUAUUCUCCACUUCAAAGUGAUGAAGAAACUUACAAUAUAGAUGAGAAGCUGGAUGAUUCACAACAGGAACUAUUUUUUACAGAGAGCUCUCGAGAUGGCAGCCUAGAAGAUGACAACAGCUGUACUUUGUUUACAAAAUGCCAUGGUCCCUUACAGACACACCAGGAGAGCUGCCCCAAAAUGAAUAGCUGCUUAACUCAAGAUAAAUACAAUGAAGAAUUGUAUAAAUUCAAAACUCUAAAUGUUUCAUCUCAACUUCUUUUCCAAAAUGAGAAUGUUAUUUUGUGUCAUGAUCCAGCAUAUACUGAUGAUGAUUUUUUGCUGUUUCCUCCUGCGUUAGUCGGGGGACUUGCUUCUUCUAGUUAUCGGGCUCCUAAAGGAAAACCUGAUGAGCCAGAAUUUUACUCAUCUCAAUCAAACAAACAGAAGCAAGUAAUUGAGGAAUCAGCUGUUCACAAUCAAAUUUCUCUUCCGUUACUUAAGAGUGCAAUGUCAAAACCUUUUGAAAACCAGGGAGGUGGGUGUCUUCCUUUCCAUCCAACCCAAAGUAAAAUUAGAGAAUUUUCAAGUAAAAACUUCAGUGCUAAGAACCAUACUAACUCAGCAUGUUUCUGCAGAAAGGCGUCAGAUGAUAUGGUAGACAGUAAAGUUACAAAUUUAAAUACAGGGAAAUUUUCUAGUACACCUACUGCUGCUAAGUCUUUGAAAAUAUUACCAUCUGCUCCCAAGUGUAAUGCAAUACACCCUUCUACCAAGGUAAUGAAGCAAAUGGAUAUAGGUGUGUAUUUUGGUCUACCACCCAAAAUAAAAGAAGAGAAAUUAAUAGGAGAAAGUGCAUUAGAAGGGAUGAACUUAAGUGCAGUUGCAAGUCCUAAUGAAAAGAGGUCUCAGCGGUGCAAGAGGAAAGCAGAAAAAUCUUUAAGUGAUUUAGAAUUUGAUGCAAAGAAUGUAAAUGAGAAUUCUCAGUCUGUGGAACUUUCUAGCAAGAGGUCACAGCAUCAAAGAAAGAGACUUAAAAAGGCUGAUUCACUACAUGAAGGAUCACAGAAGAGGUCAAAUCACCUUAUUAACAAGACAGAAGCUGGAACAGUCAAUGUAAGUAAAGAGAAAGUCUUCACAAAAUCAGCUUGUGGCCGAUGGCAGAGAGGCACCACAAAAAUCCCAGAGUCGUCUAAUGCAGGAGAAGUAAGAAAAAGGACAUGUCCGUUCUAUAAGAAAAUACCUGGAACUGGCUUUACAGUCGAUGCCUUUCAGUAUGGAUCGGUUGAAGGUUGUACGGCCUAUUUCCUCACACAUUUUCAUUCUGAUCAUUAUGCUGGGUUGUCUAAAAACUUCACAUUUCCAGUUUAUUGUAGUGAGAUAACUGGCAAUUUGUUGAAGAGGAAACUUCAUGUGCAAGAACAGUAUAUCCAUCCAUUGCCAGUAGACACUGAAUGUGUGGUGAAUGGUGUCAAAGUUGUUUUGCUCGAUGCCAAUCACUGUCCAGGUGCCGUCAUGAUCCUUUUUUAUCUUCGUGAUGGUAAUGUCGUGUUACACACCGGAGACUUCCGAGCAGAUCCCAGCAUGGAACGUUCUCUUCUUGCUGGCCAGAGAAUCCACACACUUUACCUCGAUACCACAUACUGCAGCCCAGAGUACUCCUUUCCGUCUCAGCAAGAGGUUAUCCAGUUUGCCAUCAACACUGCCUUUGAGGCUGUAACUCUAAACCCACGGACUCUUGUUGUCUGUGGCACUUAUUCUAUUGGAAAAGAGAAAGUCUUCCUAGCCAUUGCUGAUGUUUUAGGUUCAAAAGUGGGCAUGUCUCCAGAAAAAUAUAAAACAUUACAGUGCCUCAAUAUACCAGAGAUGAAUUCUCUCAUCACUACAGACAUGUGCGAUUCACUGGUUCACCUUCUUUCAAUGAUGCAAAUUAAUUUUAAGGGGUUUUUGACAAAAAUACUCUGGAUUGCUUUUCUUUUCUCCUUUAUUUUAUUUUGGACUUGUGCAUUUUUAAAAAUUAAUUUGAUUUUUAGUAGGCAAUAUCUUUUUUUCUGUGUUCCAGGAAUUCCUUACAGUGAACACAGCAGCUACCUAGAAAUGAAACGUUUUGUUCAGUGGCUGAAGCCCCAGAAAAUCAUACCUACUGUGAAUGUCGGCUCCUGGAAAUCUAGGAGCACAAUGGAGAAAUAUUUUAAAGAAUGGAAAUUGGAAGCUGGUUAUUAAUGUUACCUCAAAGGACUCCAUAGUAAUUAAGUAACUUAGGUGUAGCUUGUUAGUUAAAUCUUGAGUGAUAUGGAAUACACUGUAUGUGAAAAACCUCAUGAAGGUCGCUCGUGUAGCUUAUUUUCUUAUCUACAUUCGAUUAACAUGUUCAAGGUGCUGAGUACCUCUCAGCCUCAUCAGUGAUAACUGGGACCCGCCUCCCUAGUACCCUUGAUUCUUGUCCCUCCUAUGGGGGCAGUUACAUUCUGCAUUCAGCCUUAAGAGGGGAAAUAAAGGCAGGUUUUGGGGCCAAAAUGAUUCAUAUGGAUAAUUAGAUUGAAAGCAUUAUAUAUAAGUAAUUAUGUAUCUUUAAAAUCAUUUAAUAUGGGGCAUAUUUUUAUGAGAUAAAACUUUUAUAUGAUAUAUAUACUUAAAUAAAAAGUAAUCUUAAAUUUGC